AUGGAUCCCUCGUUUUGGGCAUCAGAAACUAACAGAUUUCGACGAUUCACCCCUGAGUCCUUGGCAGCAAUCGAGGAAAGAAUUGCCAACAAAAAAAAGGAGCAAGUCAAAGUUAAAGGAAAGAAUAAGGAGCAAGGAGUCGAAGAAAAACGUAGUCCUCAACUUGAUCUGAAAACCUGCAAAAAGUUGCCAUCUCUGUAUGGGGACAUUCCUGCAGAGCUGGUUGGGGAACCCCUGGAGGAUUUUGAUCCAUACUACAGUGAUCACAAGACUUUUAUGGUGAUAAGUAAAAGGAGGACUAUUUUCCGGUUUACUGCCACACCUGCCUUGUUUAUAUUUGGUCCUUUUAAUCCAGUCAGAAAAACAGCAAUUAAAAUUCUGAUCCAUUCAUUUUUCCUUUGCAUUAUUACAUGUACUGUGUUACUCAAUUGUUUGGCUAUGACUAUCCCUCAGCUUCUUUCAGAAGUCUCCUGGCCUGAACAUGUUUUCACUGCCAUAUAUACUACUGAAAUAUUGAUUAAAAUAGUAGCAAGAGGAUUUGUUUGUAAUGAAUUUACUUUUCUUCGAGAUCCAUGGAACUGCUUGGAUUUUUCUAUUAUUAUUGUAAUGUACAUUACUACAUUUCUCAAUGUUGGCAAUGUUUCAGUUCUUCGAACUUUCAGAGUGCUGAGGACUUUGAAAGCAAUUUCAGUAAUACCAGGUCUGAAAGUCAUUGUCAAUUCCCUUGUUGAGUCUGUUAAGAAGCUCGUGGAUGUGCUGAUCCUGACUGUAUUUUGCUUGAGUGUAUUUGCACUGAUAGGACUCCAGCUUUUUAUGGGCAAUUUAAAAUCCAAAUGUGUCCUCAAUGGAACUUGGUUCAAUGACUCAUUAUGUAAGGAUCCCAAGAUAUAUGUACCGAAUCAUCAAGGUAAAUAUUUUCUUUACAUCUGCUCCAGAUUAAAAGACUCUUCUGAAAUAUUGCUCUGUGGGUACACUGCAGAACCCAAUAAAGAGUGUCCAGCAAACUACACCUGUCAGAAGACUGGGAGCAAUCCUGACUUUGGGUAUACAAGUUUUGACCAUUUUGGCUGGGCCUUCCUCUCUGUGUUCCGUCUGAUGACCCAGGACUACUGGGAGCGUCUCUACAGACAAACCAUCCGUACAUCUGGAGUAUCCUGUGUCUUUUUUUUUAUGGCUGUCAUCUUCUUCUGCUCAUUUUAUCUCUUCAAUCUGAUCUUGGCUGUGGUAACUAUGGCAUAUGAAGAGGAAAAUAGAGCUACUCAUGCUGAAACAGUGGCAAAGGAAAAACUGCUUCAGGAUGCCAAACAAAUUAUAGAGAAGGAACAGAUGCUGGCUGUGGAAGAAAGCAGUAAGGCCUUGCAUGGUGGAUCUGAAAUGCCAGUUGCUGACUUGAAAAAUUCAGAAGGAAAAGAGAGUAAUAAAAAAACACCUACUUCAAGGCAAAACUUGAUUUUAGAUGACCAGGAAAAUGAGGAGAAAAUAUUUCAUUCACAGCCUGAUCACUGCCACAAAAAGCUUAGGCAGAUCCUGCUGACCUAUGAGGUGUCAGUGGAUGCUAUCAACGAUCCUGUCCGAAGACAGAGGUUAAUGAGUGCAGCCACAAUUCUUACAGAUAACUCAAAGUCAAAACUACAUUGUCCUACAUUUUGGAAAAAUUUCCCUAAAAGGUAUCUAAUUUGGAAUUGUUGUCCAUUCUGGAGAGCAGUCAAAGAGAAGAUGAAAUUGGUAAUUUUGAAUCCAUUUGUUGAUCUCUUAAUCAUGGUUUGCAUUAUCUUGAAUACCUUAUUCCUGGCUAUGGAGUACCCUGGCAUGCAAGCACAUUACCAACAACUGAUUUCAUUAAGUGACAAGGUCUUCACCCUGAUUUUUACUACAGAAAUGAUCUUGAAAAUCAUUGCUCUAGAUCCUUACUACUAUUUCCAGAAAAAGUGGAAUGUUUUUGAUAGCUUUGUUGUUUUGAUUGGCCUAGCAAGCUUUGGAACAAAUCUGUCACCUUUCAGGCUGCUCAGGAUCUUCAAAUUGGCAAAGUCCUGGCCAGCCUUAAAUACUCUUAUGAAAAUAAUUCUACACUCAUUUGGUGCUCUGAGUAACCUUACUCUGGUUCUGGCAAUCACUGUAUUUAUUUUUGCUGUAGUAGGAGUGCAGAUUUUGGGCGGUGAUUAUACCACAAAUUCCUCUAAAAUAAGCCCCAGUGGCGAAUUACGCUGGCAUAUGAAAGAUUUUUGUCAUUCUGUCCUGAUUAUAUUCAGAAUAUUAUGUGGAGAAUGGAUUGAAACUAUGUGGGAAUGCAUGGAAGUGGCUGGAAAAAAGAAAUGUCUCAUCAUUUUCUUGCUCGUCCUGGUGCUAGGAAACCUGGUGGUGCUCAACUUGUUCAUUGCUUUGCUGCUGAGUUCAUUCAACACUGACAGCCCAGAGGGACAAGAGAAGGCUGGAGAAGGGACUAAAUACCAAAUUGCCAUUGCACAUAUUCACAACAGCCUGAAGGCUGUGAAAGACAGAAUUUGGGAUCACUGCUGCAAAAGAAUGAGAGGAAGCCGCAGAAGAACAAACAAAAAGAAGACUUUGGCAGAAGUUUCUGGGAAAGGCAUAGAGGUUAUUAAUUAUGCCAUGACAGAUGUCAGAAAACAUACAGACAGCAGCUGCUUUGAUAUAGAGCGUUGCCAUAUGGAAGAGAGGUCCUCACUAGCAAGAAAAUAUGAAGACAUUUUGACCAUCCACAGUACCUGUGUUCCCAUUACAGCAGCAGAGGUUUCCACCAGCGAAGGUGAUGAUGGGCACAUUUUGCACACAGCUGUAGAAUACAGAAAACAGAAAUAUCAUGCUGCUCGUAGCUUUUCUGAAGCCAGCACUGUGGAUCCAGUUGCUCUUCUGGAGAUGCUUUCCCAGAAUAAAAACUCACAGCUGCCUAAGGACUGCUUUGUAGAAAGUUGUGUUGAGUGUUUCCCUCGUUGUGCAGUGGAUAUCACAAAGUUUCCAGGCAGAACUUGGUGGAACUUUAGAAAAACCUGCUACAGAAUUGUUAACCAUAGUGGGUUUGAAUAUUUUAUGAUUUUUAUGAUUGUGUUGAGCAGCGCAGCACUGGCAUUUGAAGAUAUUCACCUACAGGAGAGGCAAAAAGUGAAAAUUAUCCUAGAUUAUGCUGAUAAAAUAUUUGCCUACACCUUUUUUAUGGAGAUGCUUCUGAAAUGGGUAGCUUUUGGUUUGCACAGUUAUUUCACAAAUUCUUGGUGUUUGCUUGACUUCAUCAUUGUGUGUGUAAGUAUUAUACUCAGCUUGUCAUACAUUUUAAUUUUUGAUGUUUUCUAUCUAAAGAACCUGAAAUCUCUCAGGACUUUCAGAGCACUGAGGCCUUUACGAGCUUUGUCAAGAUUUGAAGGCAUAAAGGUUGUUGUGAAUGCACUCUUUGGAGCCAUCCCCUCAAUCUUCAACGUUCUGCUCGUCUGUGUUGUCUUUUGGCUCCUCUUUAAUGUUCUAGGAGUAAAAUGGCUUGGAAGCAGAUUUUGGAAAUGCACACUCAAAAAAGAAAAUAAUGUUUCCAUUAAUAACAAAACUGAUUGUUUUUUCCACAAUGGGACAUGGACAAAUAGUGCUGUAAAUUUUGACAAUGUUGGAAAUGGAUAUUUGGCGCUUCUCCAAGUGGCAACUUUUAAAGGUUGGAUGGAUAUUAUGUAUGCAGCAGUGGAUUCACGUGAGAUCGAUCAACAGCCAGAAUUUGAAGCACGCUUAAGAAUGUAUGCAUUCUUUGUGGUUUUCAUAAUUUUUGGAUCUUUCUUCAUGCUGAACCUUUUCAUUGGAGUGGUUAUCAGCAAUUUUAACCAGCAAAGGAAAAAGAUAAGUGGGAAAGAUCUAUUUUUGACUGAGGAACAGAAAAAGUACCAUAAUGCCCUAAAAAAACUUGGAUCCAAGAAACCCCAAAAACCCAUCCCAAGACCAUCGAAUGCAUUCCUAGGAUUGCUGUUUGACAUUGUAUCUCACAAAAUAUUCGACAUCAUCAUUAUGAGUUUCAUCUUUCUAAAUGUGAUUGUUAUGAUGGCAGAAACCAACCACAAAGACACCAAGGAUGUUCUUAAUAAAAUCAACUAUUUUUUUGUGGCUGUAUUCACUGCAGAGUGUGUCAUAAAAAUACUGGCCUUAAGGCACUACUACUUUGGAAGCGGCUGGAACGUGUUUGAUUUCAGUGUUGUGGUCCUUUCAAUAGUGAGUCUUGGAGUUUCUGAAGGAUUUCAAUCUUCCUUCUCCCCUUCGGUUUUGAGAACCCUUCGUUUGGCACGAAUUGCCCGAGUUCUGAGAGUAAUUCAUGGAGCCAGAAGAAUUCAAACUCUUCUUUUUGCAUUGCUGAUGUCUCUUCCUGCACUGGUCAACAUCGGCCUUUUGCUUUUCCUGAUAAUGUUCAUUUAUGCCAUCGUGGGCAUGGCAAACUUUGCCUGUCUCCACUGGGAUGGUGGGAUUGAUGACAUUUUCAACUUCCAAACAUUUAGUGGUAGCAUUCUCUGCCUCUUCCAAAUUACCACAUCAGCUGGCUGGGAUAAUCUUCUGGCCCCUGUGCUGAAAGGAUCUGGAGCAUGUGCUCCCCAGUUAAGUGAAACAGGGACAGAGAAAAAUAAUUGCAUAAGUAAGAGCUUUGGUAUUUUCUAUUUUGUAAGCUAUGUCAUUAUAUCAUUUCUCAUUGUUGUAAAUAUGUACAUAGCUGUCAUUUUAGAGAACUUCAGUGUUGCCACUGAGGAAAGCACAGAUCCUCUUUGUGAGGAUGACUUUGAUAUGUUUUAUGAGACAUGGGGAAAGUUUGACCCUCUGGCAACGCAGUUUAUAGAUUAUUCUGCUCUUUCAGACUUUGCAGAUGCACUGGAAGAGCCCUUGCGCAUCCCAAAGCCUAAUAAAAUCCAGCUCAUAUCCAUGGACAUCCCUAUAGUUAGUGGAGAUAAGAUCCACUACUUGGAUAUCUUGCUGGCUUUCACUAAAAGGGUCUUGGGAGAAUCUGGAGAUUUGGAGGAUCUUGAAUUAAACAUGGAAGAAAAGAUUGCAGCUGCCAAUCAAUCUAAAAGUUGUUACAGCCCAAUUUCCUCUACCCUUAAAAGAAAACAAGAGGAAGUGUCAGCUGUUGUUAUUCAAAAGGCCUUCAGGAAGUAUUUGAGACGACGUUCUCUUGAAAAUUUAUCCUUACACCAUUGUGAACAUAACAGUGCUGUCUUUGAACGAGAAAUACAGGACAAGCAAAGUAUUCUUGAAUCACUGCUUGAUGAAAAUCAUGGUAGGAAGAAAGACAAAUUACGUCCUGCUUCUUCCAUAUCCCUCCCUUUAUAUUAUGAUGGCUUUGCUGAGACAGACAGCAAUAAGCUUGACACAUGA